UGACACUUAAGUGGCCCUCUUCACCCCCCAUUGCCCGAGUGCUGUGUUGCAGUAGCUCGUGCUGCCGUCCGCUCGUGCUGUCCCCACCACUCUGGAUGUUACUACGUGAUGUGGCUCGUGAGCGAGGAGAGGGUUCCUGACACGGAAUGACUUGCAGUGAUUGACGUGGCCACACCAUGGAGGUUCAGGAGAGGUUUUCUUCGUGUUGGCAGAGUUUUCUGGCAUGUUUUAAAAAGCCCAACCAGUCCACUGAGGAGACCACGCGCGCGGACAAAACGGUCAAAACGGACAUAGUUUUUGUUAAUCCCGUUUCUCAUGAUAAAACCUCAAACCCCGACUUCAAUUCAAAGAGACCUUUACCGGCAGUGCCUCCGGCUGAGUUAGCAGCAGCAGCAGCCUCGGGGCUUGUCUACAUCGCCCUGUAUGACUACUCCGCCCGCACCGAGCAGGACCUGAGCUUUAACACCGGGGACACUUUAGAGGCUCUGGACAAAAGUCCAGGGGAAUGGUGGUUUGCAAAAGCCCUGACAGGAGUCUCGGCCACCAAACAGGGAUACAUCCCGGCCAAUUAUGUGGCACCUGUGGAGAGUAUCGACGCAGAGCCAUGGUAUUUUCCUGACACCAAGAGGCUGGACGCAGAGAAGCUGCUGUUGGCCGGAGGGAACCAGCAGGGCGCCUUCCUCAUCCGAAACUGUGAAAGUCAGACAGGGGAGCGCUCGCUCUCAGUGCUGGACAAUGGGAAGGUGAAGCAUUACAAGCUGAAAAAACUGGAGAAUGGUCAUUACUAUGUGUCGAGGGUCAGAUCCUUUCAAACACUGAAGGAGUUGGUGGAACAUUACUCCACAAUGUCCGAUGGCCUCUGUGUGCGUCUGGGGGAACCAUGCAAAAAGAUGGGAGCUCCACAGACUCACGGCCUGUCCUACAACACUGUGGACCAAUGGGAGAUUGACCGCAACUCCAUUAAAUUGCUGAGGAAACUCGGAGCCGGUCAGUUUGGAGAAGUGUUUGAGGGCCUCUGGAACGACAGCACAGCAGUCGCAGUGAAGACCCUCAAACCUGGUACUAUGGACACUGAAGAUUUUCUUAGGGAGGCUCAGAUCAUGAAGAGGCUGCGGCACGCCAAGCUGAUCCAGCUGUACGCAGUGUGCACCAUGGAGGAGCCCAUCUACAUCAUCACAGAGCUCAUGAAGAAUGGCAGCUUGCUGGAGUACCUACAAAAGGAUAAGGGCGCCACGCUGCGGGUUGCCGACCAGAUCGAGUUGGCGGCCCAGGUGGCGUCGGGCAUGGCUUUCCUGGAGCUGCAGAACUACAUCCACAGAGACCUGGCCGCCAGGAACGUCCUGGUGGGAGAGAACAACAUCUGCAAGGUGGCGGACUUUGGCCUCGCCAGGGUCUUCAUGAAAGAUAAUGAAAAUGUGUAUGAAGCCAGAGAGGGAACCAAAUUCCCGGUGAAGUGGACUGCUCUAGAGGCCAUCCACGAAAACAAGUUCACCAUCAAAUCGGACGUUUGGUCUUUUGGAAUUUUGCUGUAUGAGAUCAUGACGUUUGGACAGAUGCCUUACCCAGCCAUGACAAACUACCAGGUGGUGCAGAAGCUUCCCCAGGGCUACAGGAUGCCUUGCCCCCCCGGCUGCCCCAAAGUCAUGCACAGCAUCAUGAUGGACUGUUGGAAGGAGAACGAGCAGGACCGGCCCACGUUCGAGACCCUGCAGUGGAAGCUGGAGGACUACUUUGACCUGGACGUCCCCUCCUCCUACGACGACGCCGGCCGCUACUAGCACAGCGAUCAGGCUGCGACACGUGCAGAGAGAAAAGACGCAAAAUACAAUCCUAUUCAUUCCGCACGGAUGCCAAACUCAAAUCACCUGAAUCCAAACAUAAACAAACCUAGAAGAAUGAUCAAACCGAUUCAAAUGUAAUUCAAAAUGUCGCUCAUUGCAGACAAACUAAGGAUCUGAAAUGUGUGAUGCAUGGGGUGGCAGAUUGGACUCUAUCUGACAUGCAGUGAGGAGGCUUUUACCACAGCUCCAGGUGGUUGUGACACUCUGUUUUUGACAGCUGAAUGUACUUUCAGACCGGCUGUAUGUGGAUUGGCUAACUCUUAAAGCACACUUUACUUGAAGAGUCCUUUUUCAGAAAGCUGCUAUCUUUUCAUCUUGACAAACUGGUUCUUCUCCUUGGAGAAUGUUUGCAAUGCACGCUCUCCACUGUCUUGCCUGCAGAGCUUUUACUGGAAGGUACCUUGCAAGAUUGAUGAGUCAUGUUUGGUUUUGUGUCUUAAGUGAGUCAUAGUGGGACAGAGUGAUUGACAGGUGAUAUAAUCUCUAUGCACAUGUACGAAUAGCUAUCGGAAGGGAUUUAAAAAUGAUU